UUUGCUGUAAAACCAACGGCCGUGCAAGCAAGACGACUAUAUUAAUGACUGCAUGCAAAUGUGUGUGUGUGUAUGAGUGCCAGGGCAAACGACUCGCUUGUAUUUUUUAUAUGUCGCUGUCGACGACGUCGUCGUUGUCGUCUCUGUUGUCUCUGUUUAAGUUUAUCUCAACAAAAUCUUAACAAUUUAAAACCCAUAUUUGUGUGUGUUUUUUUGGCGGUUCUCGUUGUCGUAAAUACAAAUGUUGGAUAGUGCCAAAUAACUGUUUUCGUGCGUGGUCAGAAAACGCGUCUGGCAAACAAACGAGAAAAAUAAAAAUCUUAAAACAAUACAACAAUUACCAAAUGGCUCAAGGUGUUAACUAAUAAUGUGUCUGAUCAGGUGAACUUGGAAAAUUAAGCAAAAGCAAGCAGUGCAAUCAGCAGCGACGCCAGCAGCGACGGCAGCAGCAGCGGAGCAGCCUGGUCAAACAGUGACUCCCGAACCCGCCAAGCCGCAGCUCCCGCGACUGGCCUUAAAAUCGAAUUCGAACUCGAAUUGGAAUCUGAAUUGGAAUCAGCAUAAAGAGAUAUAAGAGAUAAAGGCAAAUCGAGUACAGAUAAAAGGACAGCGCAAGGCGCACACUCAUAGAGAGAGAGAGAGAGAAAGAGAGAGCGAAAGUAUCAUCCUAGAAAUAAACAAACAAACAGACAACAACAAAAUGGAGCUGCGUGUUGGGAACAAAUAUCGACUUGGCCGCAAGAUUGGAUCGGGUUCAUUCGGCGACAUCUAUUUGGGCACAACGAUCAACACCGGGGAGGAAGUGGCAAUCAAACUGGAGUGCAUACGCACCAAACAUCCACAGCUGCACAUCGAGUCCAAGUUCUACAAGACAAUGCAGGGCGGGAUCGGCAUACCCAACAUCAUCUGGUGCGGCAGCGAGGGUGACUACAAUGUGAUGGUCAUGGAGCUGCUCGGUCCGUCGCUGGAGGAUCUGUUUAACUUUUGCUCGCGUCGCUUUUCGCUGAAAACUGUGCUAUUGCUGGCCGAUCAGAUGAUAUCGCGCAUUGACUAUAUACACUCGCGCGACUUCAUCCAUCGCGACAUUAAGCCGGACAACUUCCUCAUGGGUCUCGGCAAGAAGGGUAAUCUCGUCUACAUCAUUGACUUUGGCCUGGCCAAGAAGUUCCGAGAUGGCCGCUCUCUCAAGCACAUACCGUAUCGGGAAAACAAGAAUCUAACGGGCACCGCACGCUACGCCUCGAUUAAUACACAUCUGGGCAUCGAGCAGUCGCGACGCGACGAUCUGGAAUCCCUGGGAUAUGUGCUCAUGUACUUCAAUCUGGGUGCGCUGCCCUGGCAGGGACUGAAGGCGGCCAACAAGCGACAGAAAUACGAGCGCAUAUCCGAGAAGAAGCUGUCCACAUCGAUUGUGGUGCUCUGCAAGGGAUUCCCCAGCGAGUUUGUCAACUAUCUGAACUUCUGCCGACAGAUGCACUUUGACCAGCGCCCCGACUACUGCCACUUGCGUAAGCUCUUCCGCAAUCUAUUCCAUCGCCUGGGCUUCACCUAUGACUAUGUCUUCGACUGGAAUUUGCUCAAGUUUGGCGGUCCACGCAACCCUCAGGUGAUUCAACAGGCCCAGGACGGCACCGAUGGCCAGGGACAGGGUCAGGAUGCGGCUGCCGUUGCAGCCGUUGCCGCCGCCACGUCGCACCAGCAGCAACAUCAACAGCACAAGGUUAACACGACAAUGGCCACCGCCGGUGGCAGCACACAACAAAUGCUGGGCAACAGCUCGGCAGCCGGACAAACGCUCGCAAUGCUGGGUGGCGGCAACGGCGGCGGCGGCGCCGGUGGACAGCUGAUUGGCAACGGCGGACUCAACAUGGAUGACUCAAUGGCGGCCACCAAUUCGUCGCGACAGCCGUACGAUACGCCCGAGCGGCGUCCCUCGAUACGGAUGCGUCAGGGCGGUGGAUUACAGGCUGGCGGAGUUGUUGGGGAUUUGAUAAACAAUUGCAAGUCGGCGGCAAAAAAGAAAUAUUAUGCACUACAACUAAGUGAAGCCACAGGUCGAACUGCAAGAUAUCGUAAUGCGUUAAUUUUAAGCAGAGAGGAUGAUGACAAACGACAGAUGACAAUGACAAUGACAGACGAAAGGUUCAUGUCUUGCAUCGCAGAGAAAGCUGUACAAUUUUUGGGAUGCAAGAAAAUGCGACAACAUCAAUAAAAAUACAAGAUUAUAAACAUAAACACAACAAAAAGAAUGAUGAGUCACACUCUCAGUCGCUCUCUUGCUUGCUAUGUGUGUGUUUUGCAUUUACACUGCUCAACAAGAACAUUAUCAACUCGAUAAAUUACACAUUUUGGGGUUACAAGCAUUUCGUUAAACCUAACUUUGUAUCACAAGCAAAGUAGAAACAACAACAAAUAUAGGAUGAAAAAGAAAAACUUAACAACAUCAACUCAACUGAACAAAGGGCAAAUUUAUAUUAAAUGAAGGGUAUAUAAAAUAUUUAAAUAUUACAUUAAAAUAAUCUGAAUGUACGUUGUAAGCUUCAGUGUAAAGUAAACAAAGGACACAUUGUGUGCCAGUGUCUCUAACUUUUAGUGUAGAAACUUAGCAUUAAUACAAAUUACCGAGUAAUGAAACGGACAUUGAAGAGUUUUUUUUUUUUUGCCACCAACAAUUUAAAUGGAAAAACUCACAGCAUAUAAACACACAAAAACACACACAGCCUCAAAUAAAAUCCACAAUCAACCCACAUUUAUGAUUAAGUGUAGAAUUCAUUUUUAAAUGGGAGGCGAAAGUACAUUUUUAAUACAGCGUAGAAAAUGUCCCCAAUCGUUUCUCCUCCUCCACCCCCUUAGCUUUAAUCGUAUGUCGAACAGUUAAAGGAAUUAUUUAUAAUUUGUAACUUUGCUUCAUUUAUAUUAAAUUCGCGAUUAGCGAUUUCGAUGAUAAUCUAUGUAUGUGUUCAUUAUGAUUUGCAUUCUUUGUUUCUUCACAAUAAAAUAAAAAAAAAACAGAAAAUUAUUAUAUGUAACUAAUAACUUACUGAAUAGCAUAUAACAUAUACAACACGCUACAUAACAAAUGUACUUUGCAUUGAACAUUAUAUAUGUUUUCAAUUAGUUUGUAAAGUUGUUAAGGGGCGUGAGCUGCGAGCGCGCAUUAAAAUUAACGCUAGCUAAUAAAUUGUAGCUAUAAUAUGAAAUUUGUUUAUAAGUAAUACCAAACCGUAAAGAAUAAAAAUAACAAAAUAAAAACAAACAAUAUACUUCUAAUUGUAAAAGUCAAGAAUAUGAAUUAUGAAACAAAAAAUUAAAAACAAAACAAAAAAAAAAUAAAGAAAUGUGCAAAAAUACAAAAGUUUAUCUUAUGAAAUGCAUAUAAAACACAUACAAUUAUGUAAAACUCUACGAAAUGCGCCGAUAUGCCGUUUAUAUAGCAGUAAAAAACUAUGAAUAAUAAAAAAUAAAUCGUAUAACAUAUAUCUAUAUGUUUAAAUGCCGGCGAGUAAAAGUAAAUCAGAAAGUUAAAUAAAAAUGCAUUACGUGAUAUUUCUUACAAA